UUUAAAUCAGGGAGGAUGGUUUUGAGCAGGUCGUUUUGGAAAAAAAGACAACUGAAACUACUUAAAAUCUAACGAAAUUACACUUUUGGGUCAAUUAAACGUUGUCGGCGAGUGAGCGGAUGCCAGAAUGAAGGUUGUAAAAAGGAUGCGUAAAAGUUACAACCGUGCGUAACUAAAGCGCGCGAUGGAUAAAUGUUGGUAAUAUAAUCAACUGUGGAUUCCGUUAUUGUGACAUUUAAACUUUAAAAUGUGUGAGUACACUUCUCAGUCUAUGAAGCAUCAGAAUCUAAAUUCAGAUGCAUAUUCAUUGCGGAUCAUGUAAGCGCGUUUCUGAUUCAACCCCUCCAAAGAGGAUAACUCUGUAGGUCUCUGACGAUCGAAUUUGGAUACAAAAGCUACUCAUCGAACAGUGUUUCGAAGUUAAGUUUGUGAUCUAUACCGAUACCUUUUAAAUUCAAAUCUAUUCCGUCAAUUAUGCAAUUUAGUAGUCACUAAAGCCAGCGGGCAUGCAGUCAAAGAACGUCACACUCCCCCGCCCAUGAUCAGAGAGAAUAUCAAAUCUGGUUGUGUCAAACUGUCCUCAUGCCUUUUCUGCGAAGAUGAUGACACAAGAGACUACAUUCAAAGCGUUCAAAGCGACCGCAAUAUUUUCACCCGUCACGGUUUCAAGAUAACCUUUCAAGUGGACGACCCAAUGCCCUCAAAUAAUAUACUUUUUUGCUGUUUUGCCUGGAACAAUAUGGAACGCGGAAUCAACCACCUGUUUUCAGUGAGGACAACCAUUGUCUGGUGCUUCUUCUUAUUCUUCUGCCAUGAGAAGACUCACUCCCAUGCUGAGGAUGAGCUUUUCAAGAAGCUCUUUGUCCGUUACAACAAGUGGUCCAGGCCUGUGCCAAACAUCUCUGACGUGGUCAUCGUCAAGUUUGGCCUCUCCAUCGCACAACUGAUUGAUGUGGUAUCGCUCCCUGUCUCCCUCUCUCUGCCUGUCUCUCUUUCCCCUUUCUCUCUGUUCCUUCCACUCUUUCCCUCCUCUGCAGGAUGAGAAAAACCAGAUGAUGACAACCAAUGUCUGGCUGAAACAGGAGUGGAAUGACUACAAGCUUCGCUGGAGGCCCUCAGAUUAUGACAAUGUGACGUCUAUUAGAGUUCCGUCUGAACUCAUCUGGGUUCCUGACAUUGUUCUCUACAACAAUGCCGAUGGUGAGUUUGCAGUGACCCACAUGACUAAGGCUCAUCUCUUCUAUAACGGCAGAGUCCUCUGGGUUCCACCGGCCAUCUACAAGUCCUCCUGCUCCAUCGACGUCACCUUCUUCCCUUUCGACCAGCAAAACUGCAAGAUGAAGUUCGGUUCAUGGACCUACGACAAGGCUAAGAUUGACCUGGAGAAGAUCGAGGACACGGUGGACCUCAAUAACUACUGGGAGAGUGGCGAGUGGGCCAUCAUCAACGCCGUGGGAAGGUACAACACCAAGAAGUACGACUGCUGCCACGAGAUCUACCCGGACAUCACCUACUUCUUCAUCAUCAGGAGACUGCCUCUGUUCUACACCAUCAACCUCAUCAUCCCCUGCCUUCUCAUCUCCUGCCUCACUGUGCUGGUCUUCUACCUACCCUCCGACUGUGGGGAGAAGAUCACGCUGUGCAUCUCCGUCCUCCUCUCCCUCACCGUGUUCCUCCUCCUCAUCACCGAGAUCAUCCCGUCCACCUCGCUGGUCAUCCCCCUCAUCGGGGAGUACCUCCUCUUCACCAUGAUCUUCGUCACCCUCAGCAUCGUCAUCACCGUCUUCGUCCUCAACGUGCACCACCGCUCUCCGAGCACACACCAGAUGCCGUCUUGGGUCCACACCGUGUUCCUGGACCUCAUCCCUCGCUGGCUCUUCAUGAGGAGGCCGGCGCCGGACGGCCGGCGCCGCAGGUUGCUGCUCCUCCAGCAGGGGGAGACGGUGGCCAGGCAGCAGGGCCGGAGCCUCGCCACGCACAGGCAUGCGGGCCCCUGUCUGAGCACCUCGGCCAGCUGGUUGCAGGACGGCGACAUGGCGGGCGAGCCCCAGAGGCCUCGCUACGAGGACCUGGAGCUGGGGACGCUGUCCUCUUACUUCUCCUUCCGCCCGCCGUCGCCCAGGCCCCCUGGCUCCACCCCCCCGCCGCAGCCCAAACACGCCGCGCCUCAGGGCCGUCCGGAAGCAGGAGGGGUCGGAGGCGGCGGAGUGGCCAAUAGGAAGGUGGCGGUUGGAGGAGGUGGCAGGGGGAAUGUGGUCCGGCGGGCGACCAAGGUGGAUAAGAUGGUUUCGGAUGUGGCGUUCCCUCUCUCUCCCAGUGUGCUGCGGGCGCUGGAGGGGGUCCACUACAUCGCCGACCACCUGAGAGCAGAGGACGCUGACUUCAGUGUGAAGGAGGACUGGAAGUAUGUUGCCAUGGUGAUAGACCGCAUCUUCCUGUGGAUGUUUAUCAUCGUGUGUCUGCUGGGAACCAUCGGCCUGUUCCUGCCCCCCUGGCUGGCCGGCAUGAUAUAGCCAACCCUGUGUGCGAUCUCAGCAAGCAGCAAAAUGACUGGUGCUGCCCAAGAGUGCCGGGCUGCUUCAACUCUGAAGAGGGAAGCAGCUGACCUCCGGGGGAGGACAUCUGGGGUUCGUCAUUUCUGUUUUUCAUCUUCAGAGGGUUAGGGAGCAUGUAGGGACUGAAGGGGAGAGCAGGUGGGAACUCUGAAUGCUUGAUGGACAACAGCUUUUCUAAAGGACAUAGACGCUUCCUCCUGCUCUCUUUUCCCCUGAUACUGCUGCCAAACAAUACCAAGCAUAUUUUUUGAAUGACGUGUCAUGUAGUACAAUAAAUAUAAUUAUAAAGAGAACUACAUUCAGAAGCAUUUUUGGCUAUAGGAGGGAUUGGUUAAAAGAAGUGAAAGUAUCUGUUCCACAAGGGUCACAAAUUGGUCCAUCUUCCUUGUCUGAUAGCCCUGAAUGCACUUACACAUGCACACUUGAGUGUAGCUAAAAUGAUAGGAUACAUUCUAGUGUUCAACAAACACAGCCUUUGAGUAAGAUCAGAAAUGUAGUCAAUACUAUGAAUGAGACCCGACUGGUUAAGUGGCUGAGCAAGGCUUCUGUGAUAUCAUCAUAUUAAACAUUUAAUGUUUUUGGUUU